CAUUUCUCAGUUUUCCCAAUUUGCAUUUCCACCUAUUUUUCUUUUUCUGUCCUCUAAUUCGACGAUGGUUCAUCCAAACCAGCCAUGACGUCAAGUGUAACCAUUGACGUCGAUUGACGUCACACCAACUUUUGUGAAUGGUGAAAAAUGGAAGGGUUUAAAAAUAGUUGUAUGAGUUCAAGUCACAAUUUUUAUAAGUUAGUGAAAAAAAUGCAUUUCCUUGCUGCUGUUUGACUCGAUAAAACUGUUUUUACGACGUCCAAAAACAUGUUUUCGAACGAGAGAAAUAGGAUCUAAAAAUAGCACGAAAAAGAUAAGGUUGGAGUUCGAUUCAGCGAAGGGUUGCCUUGAGCUGUCGUGAUUGGCUUACACGGUCACGUGACACAGUUCCUUUCCGAACUCUUAUGUUGUGCUCAAGACGCUGGUUUGUCAACUGGUUGUGUUUUUAUAUCAGUACUCGUCGUUGAAGAAAAGUUUUGGCCAGUCCAACAACAUUCUUCAGCAUUGGAGAUACUCAUUUGGUAGCCGCAAUAGUCCUCGAGAUAUUCGAAGUGUUCCCUGUUCGAGAAGACUUCGGCAGUUCAACCUCAACUGCUAUGUGAUGCUCAUUCACGCGUCCAAUGGAUGCUGAUGAUUCAGAAUCUCAAGGUAGCAGAACGGUAACUGGUUCUCAUCCUGUUAUGCCAAUAACUAGCCAGUAUAUAAGGCAGUAUUAUGUAGCACAUGCCAUGGACAUGGAUGAUCAUUACCCUCCACAGCAAGAAGGCACUGAUAUUUACAGCAUAACUACACCUGAGCAGUUAGCACUAUUACAUAUGAAACAACAAGAACAGCAGAUGCAAAAUCCUCCACACUAUAUGUUUUACAAUCCACAACAUCAGCAAUAUUUACAGCAUCAAGAACUACAUAAAUACAGACAAGCCAUUCAAAAUCCAGAACUAAAUGGCCAUCACAAACAAAAGAAGUUGGAAGAAAGUACCAAAACACAAAUGCAACAGGAGAAACAAGCAGCUAUAAAGCCUAAAAUCAAGGUUGAACCAGAAGAAGAACCGAAAGAAGAUGAAAUGCUGAUGGAUCAAGAUGAAGGAUCACUAGACAAACAAACAUUGUCAAGUGAAGAGCCACAAAAAAGACCUCCAGUGACCACAGCACAUUCACAACAAGAGUUUACUCAUGUGGAUGUCAAGAAAAGACUMCAAAACUUUGUGUUAAAUAAAAAGCAAAGAGAACAGGCUGUGGCUUCAUUGACUAAUGAUUCGGCAUUUAAACAUUGGAGUCAAAACUUAGAAAAGGCCGAUGAUCUUGCUCCACUAGGAUCCCAGCAUCUUGAUCCAAGUCAUUUCCCCUUGAGAAAAACAGCUUCUGAGCCUAAUCUAAAAGUAAAGUCUCGACUGAAAGCAAAAGUUGCAGAGCACAGAUCUAUAGGCAGUCCUCUGUUACACAGACCAACAAGAGACAGAAUUGGUAAUAAAUUACACAGAAGCCAAACAUUAGAGACAACAGGUAAUGAAACCCUGGAUAGAUCAAAUCCUGGAUCUCCAACUCAGUCCUUGUCAGCUUCAUCUGGAAGAGAACGUACAUCACCUUUAGGUGCCCCUGGAUCAACAUUUGGACACAGUCUUCCAAAUCUUCAAGCCAUACCACGUUUAUCUGCUAACAUUGAUCGUUCCCACAUCAAUCAGCUUAUCAGAAACCGUUAUAUGUUUCACCAUUCUAGAAGAGAUCUUGAGUUACAAAAUCAGCAACAAAAUGAUUAUGAAAGUAUGGAAGAAGAGGGCAGCAGUAACUUGAAUGCUGCUGCUUUGAAACGUGCUCAGUUGAAUAACAUUGCACUGGCUAAGGCCCAAAUGAAGAUUAUGAAUUUACCUGCAUUGAACUCUAAUGCUCURCUAACUGGAAGUGUACAUCCUGUAUUCACUYGUCCAGAGUCACCUCCAUCUCAAAACAAUCUACUAUCAAUUCCAAAACCUGCUUUACAAAAUUCAUCCCUUCAUAGACCACUAAGACAAACUCUCUCAGCUCCUGGCUAUUCUUUAUCAAAGAACCAACAACAACAGCAGAUUUUGAAGCAGAACCAGGAAUUUUUGCAACAGCAACAGCAUCUGCAAUUUUUACAGCAACAGCAAAGACAGUCUCCAGCAUACCUACAGCUUCUUCAACAYGAACUGCUUAUUCUUGGAAAACAAGGAUUUCCUAAACAACAGCAGUUACAGAAAGAACAAGCAACUUCACUUAAAGAUCACUUAGGAAAGAUGAAGGAGCAAGAACAAGCUGUCCUAAGAGAAAGAGCAUACCAACAGCAUAAGAAAGAACAACAAUUUGUCCAGGCACAGGCAAGAACUACAGAGGAUUUGACAUUACCUGGAGGAUUAACUGAUCAACAGUUUCAGGAACUAUUGAUUCAACAACUUCAAAGACAAGAUGUCCCUCGAAGGAAUCUUUUAAACCAACAGCUGCAUCAUCAACUUAUACAGUUACGCCAGGCAGAAUUACAGGAUGCUCCUUUGGCUGCUGUUGCUUCCCCWAGUGCAUCAGUAGGUCACAGURCUCACAGACCACUUACAAGAGCUGUGUCUCUUCCUGCUGUAGGAAGUGGCCAAGGAUCAGCAACAACAAAUCGYACAGGAAUAGCGUAUGAUACACUAAUGUUAAAACAUCAAUGUUCAUGUGGUGAAACUAGCUCACAUCCAGAACAUCCUGGUCGCCUUCAAAGCAUUUGGGCUCGUUUACAAGAGACUGGUGUGACCAAUAUAUGUGAGCGUGUACGACCCAGAAAAGCCUCUUUACCAGAAAUUCUUACUGUUCAUAGUGAACAACACACAAUGCUUUAUGGGGGAAGCACACAGUGUAGAACAAAAGCUGAAGAUGGAACCAUAACCACCCUGAAAUGUUUUAACACAUUACCAUGUGGUGGUAUGGGGGUUGAUGGUGAUACCAUAUGGAAUGAAAUCCAUAGUGCAAAUGCUGCUAGAAUGGCAGUUGGUUGUGUYAUAGAACUAGCAAGUAAAGUAGCAGCACAUGAACUUAAGAAUGGAAUGGCAAUUGUUCGCCCACCUGGUCAUCAUGCUGAAGCCCAUCAAGCCAUGGGCUUCUGUUACUUUAACAAUGUUGCAAUUGCAGCAAGGAUUUUACGCCUUAAGAUGUCUGUAGAAAGAGUUUUGAUUGUAGAUUGGGAUAUUCACCAUGGGAAUGGUACGCAACAAAUGUUCUAUGAUGACCCUCAUGUAUUGAGAAUUUGUGGAGCUGGUAUUGGUGUUGGUUAUAAUGUCAAUAUUGCAUGGAAUGGUGGUUUAGAUCCACCAUAUGGUGAUCCUGAGUACUUUGCAGCAUUCAGAUCAGUUGUCAUACCAAUUGCAAAYGAAUUCAAUCCAGAUAUUGUGCUGGUUUCUGCUGGUUUUGAUGCUGCUGGUGGUCAUUCUCCUCAACUAGGUGGCUAUAAUGUCACUGCAGCAUGCUUUGCCCAAUUAACCAAGCAGCUGAUGGAACUUGCUGAUGGUCAGAUUGUCAUGGCUCUUGAAGGUGGUUACAGUUUACCAUCACUGUGUGACUGUGCUGAAGCAUGCAUUAGGGGACUUCUUUCACAAACGCUUCCAGAAGUCCCUGCUGAAAGCCUAAAAAGACCACCAAACUGCAAUGCUGUAGCUGUGCUUGAGAAGACCAUCGCUAUACAAAGUCGCUACUGGAACUCAGUUAAAAGAUCAGCAUCAUUGAUUAACCAUUCAAUGGUAGAUGCUCAACAAAGAGAAAAGGAAGAACUUGAUACAGUAUCUGCACUGGCAUCACUCUCAAUGGGUGUAGUUAAAGAAAAACCAGCUGAAAUCCAAAUGGAGAUCCAAGAUGAAAGCUGAACAGCAUCCAUUUUAGUUGUCAAUACKAAAAUAUAUAUAAAUAUAUAAAUAAUUAUAUAGCUAUAUUCUAAAGUAUUGAUGUAGAUAGUUUUAAGGGAGUGACAUUAGUAAUGUGUUAGAUGUGACAAUAAAAACUGUUUUCAUUGGUCAGAAAACAGUCUAACACAUUUGCCAUGGUUGUGGAGGCUAAAAAUAUAAUAUGUUAAUAGGAAAUAUACAAAGAACAUAAAGAGAUUUUAGAUUGUAGGAUUUUAUAAAGCUAAAAUUAGCUUAGGACCUCCACAGUGCAGCUAGGUAGAUGUUGACAACUAGUUUUUAUGACAAUUAAAUCAAUAAUUAAAACAAGUGUCUGUGAAAGUGGUUGACAAGAUGCAAAAACAGUGUUCUCGAUAAUAUAAUAUAAAUAGUAGUUGUUGACAACUAGUCAUCUUGCAAGUGGAGGCUGUUAGAAGUCCUUAUUUUAAAUUUAAUGAGCUCUCAUUUUGUGUUUAAAAAUAAUGAAAAAUUAUAUUGGAUUUUGUUAGUAAAUAAUGUGUGUACAGGUAAACAAUGCUUUAAUGUGUCAAAUAUAAAUAUUUAUGUCAAAAAUUAAUUUUAGCCAAUUCAAAUCAACAUCAAUAUUUUUUUAUAAGAGUUAAUUGAGCCCAGGUCAAAUAGUUACAACAGUUUAUUUUCCUAUCAACAUUAUAUUUUGCUAUUAUUUUACUUCUGUUUUCCUUAUACAGUUGAAAUAAUGCUAUGGAAAUUGAUUCCUAUUUUGACAUGACAAGUAGAGAAAACAAUACCAUAAGAAAUGUUUCUCUGUUUAGGAAGAAAGCUACACUUCUCACUUUUCGAAUCCAUUUUGAUGCACAAUAUCAUGGAAUAUUGAAGUUCAGAAUAAUUUAAAGUGUGACAGUUAUAGCAUUUAGUUGAUUCUUGUUUAUGUUGAUUCUGUGUGACAUUUGUCCAGGGCUGCAUUUUUAAAACACUUUGUCAUUCAAAUAUUCAUUAUUUUAUUCAUUACAAACUUUUAGUGCUUAUUAGUGUGAAUAUCUGCAUAUUUUUAAGUGUAUUUUUUGUGAGCUGGACUGUUGGUAUUCUAUGAUUAAUGUUAGCUUUCUGGCUGAUUUGUAGUAKAUUUACUCUAAAUUAAGGGUAGCAGUCCAUCUUUCAAGGUCAAUUGACAUGGUAUGCUUGAUGCGUGUGAUGUAUAUGAUAAGCCCUAUAAUCAAAUGACUGUACACACAUUGUCAUAGAACCAUUCACAGUUGCAAUUUGGAGCCAAUUUUAUUAUUCUUUACAGUAGGCCGCUCGUYAUAAUCAUACUGUAUAAAUUGUCCUUAAAGACACUUCUUAGUUACAGUCGUAAUGGGUAUAAUUUAAUUGUUAGGUAUGUUAUUAAAUAAGCUAAAAUUCUUCAUGUAUAUAAGAUAUAUUCUAUAUAUGCCGUCCUGUACAUUGUAUUGGUUUGAAAUAAUAAUGUAACUCAUAGCUGUGUACUCAUAUACAUAUAACAUUACAGUAUGACACCAAAACUGUGUUUGUGUCUUCUAGAGAAAAUUCAUAUUUGUUCUGUUUUGGUUGUGUCAAUGGCUAUAGACAUAUACUCAAUAUAGUCAGUGGUUUUUKUAAACCCAUGARAUACUGUUUUUCACYUUUUCCUUGUCUUUUUGGUGUGUAAGACUUCAGCUAUAAUUACACUUUCUUUAUUUUUCACAGGUUUUGGAAAAUCACUCAGCACAAUAAUUUAACAGUAGUUUACUUAACACUUCCCUYUGUUGCCCAGUUAGCUACCCAUGCUUAAAAGAUUCAUACAUGUGUAUAUUAGUUGUGCAAAACAUGUGUUAAUCUAUCACGUCAGCUCACAUUUCCAGGGAAAUGAUACAGGGAACUGUAAUGUGGACUGUUGUUCUUUGUGUACUUAUUAGGAGUUUGGUAAAUGAUAGAGGUCUGUGUCCAGAGUUGUUUGGUCAUGGCACACAACCACAGCCAAAGACAUUUACACGGUUAUAGCCAUGGAAGUAAUUAAUUUUCAAAAAUUUAAAAAACUAUUAAACUUCACAGUUAAAAAUU